GAUGGAGCGUUUUCCUGGCUGCUUUCUUUGACAGGUGUUGAGUGGGACAAAAGUCUUUAAACAGAAUCCAGCAUGUACGCCAAAGGUAAAGGAGCCGUCGUCCCUUCCGACAGCCAAGCGAGAGAAAAGUUAGCUUUAUACGUGUACGAGUAUUUGCUGCAUGUCGGCGCACAGAAAUCCGCACAGACCUUCCUGUCAGAGAUCCGAUGGGAGAAGAACAUCACACUUGGGGAACCACCAGGAUUUUUACAUUCAUGGUGGUGUGUAUUCUGGGAUCUGUACUGCGCUGCCCCGGACCGGAGGGAGACAUGCGAACAUUCCAGCGAGGCCAAGGCUUUCCAUGACUAUAGUGCGGCCGCUGCCCCAAGUCCAGUGAUGGGCAACAUGCCACCCAACGAUGGCAUGCCAGGGGGACCCAUGCCGCCGGGCUUCUUUCAAGGUCCACCAGGAUCUCAGCCUUCCCCUCACGCACAGCCUCCCCCACACAACCCCAGUAAUCCCAUGAUGGGACCUCACGGACAGCCAUUCAUGUCUCCACGGUACCCAGGUGGCCCCAGGCCCGCCCUCCGUAUGCCAAAUCAGCCUCCUGGGGGCAUCCCCGGGUCACAGCCUCUCCUGCCAAACAGCCUGGACCCCACCAGACCUCAAGGACAUCCAAACAUGGGAGGUCCAAUGAGAAUGAAUCCCCCCCGAGGCAUGGGAGGGAUGGGUCCCCAGAACUACGGUGGAGGGAUGAGGCCUCCUCCGAACUCCAUGGGGCCAGGGAUGCCGGGCAUGAACAUGGGACCUGGUGGAAGAGGUCCGUGGCCAAACCCCAACUCAAACUCAAUAGCAUAUUCAUCUUCAUCUCCAGGCAACUACGUGGGCCCUCCAGGGGGAGGCGGCCCACCAGGAACUCCCAUCAUGCCUAGCCCCGGAGAUUCAACAAACUCGAGUGAAAACAUCUACACAAUGAUGAACCCCAUCGGCCCUGGUGGAAAUAGACCUAAUUUCCCGAUGGGACCGGGUCCCGACGGGCCAAUGGGUGGAAUGGGUGGUAUGGAGCAGCAUCAUAUGAACGGGUCACUAGGCUCUGGUGACAUGGAUGGGUUGCCAAAGAAUUCUCCCAACAACAUGGCAGGCAUGAACAAUCCCCCCGGCACUCCGCGGGAUGACGGCGAGAUGGCAGGCAACUUUUUAAACCCAUUCCAAAGUGAAAGUCACCUGAGGAUACCCCUGGAAAGCAGGACUCCCCAUAAGGCCCCCCAUCCCAACGCCUGCAAAAUGGGUGUGAGAACAUGAAAACGGCGUCCAAGCAACAUGAAGGGUCUCCUCUCCGCUCCUCCUCGGCUGCCGGGCCCCAACGAGGGGCCCUUGGACAGUGAUAGCUCAACCUGCUCCAAGCCCAUCUCUUCCAAAUGCAAAGCCUGCCCCUAUGGGUGUCAUGACAGCCCAAUCAAGAUGCCCCCAUUGCAUCUACCACCACUCUAUUAAAUCAUGCUGAUCAUCACUUAUGAGGGCAUGCAGUAGUUGACUGACAGGGGUGGGGGGGCGUAAACCCUUGUGCAAAAACUCCUGUGGCAGGAAUGAUAUUAAAAAAGAAAAAAAAAAAAGAUGAACUGAUGAUGUU